AUGACAUUUGGACAGAGCAACAUGAGCGCCAAUGUUACAGACUACGAGCUCACUGUGGGCAGCAUGAUCAAACUGACUCUCGAAGUGAUACUCAUGGCUUUCGUCUGUACUGUGAACGUGUUGACGCUGAUUACGGUGUGUCUCAACCGGAACCUGUGGACUGUCCACAACAUGUACGUGAUAUCUCUGGCUGUUGCGGACUUCCUCACCAGUCUCUCGAUCCCUUACCAAAUGGUGUAUAACGUACCCGAAAUACUGGCAGUAUUCGACAAUAAUAAAUACAUGUGUCUUUGUAAGUACGUAAUAUUGUUUAUCGUGAUCUCGAUUUCCAUUCUGCAUAUGGUCCUUAUUGCCGUCGACAGGUGGGCGUGCAUCACGUAUCCUCAUAAAUACGAGCGUCUGGCUACGAUACCUAAGGCAGGGAUACUCAUUGUGUUCGUCUGGAUUAGUGGAAUACUUUUAGGGACAGUUCCACUGUAUGCCAAUGAGUGGACACGCAAUACUGAUUGCGUAUUUUUCAAAGUACUCAACCCAGAGUACCAGAUUUACGUUCAAGGUGGAUUCUUCAUCGUGACCUCCGUAAUUAUUGCUGCUUGCUAUGGUCAUAUGUUUCGUGUUGCCAAGAGACGGACAGAGACUUUGCGUCGGCUAACAUCAACCGGAUACACGCUCAACAAGGAGACACAGAUGGCCAAAUUCAAAAGAGACUGGGAGUUGGUUAAAAUGUUUAGUGUUAUUUUUGUCGUGUUUUUCCUCUGUAGUGCUCCAAGUUUCCUGUUUAUCAUCGUAACCUACACGGCAGGAGUCCCAGAAAAUGUUAUUAGCUUCACUACCCCGCUCCUUCUGACCAACUCUGGGAUGAACUUUGUUAUUUAUGUGGUGAAAAACUAUCAGUUUCGAACAGCGCUAAAAGCCACAUGUUUGAAUUGUCGAACAUCAGUAGUUGCUGCCACAUAA